AUGAAGUCGUUGACUUUUGACGAGGUAUCCAAGCAUAACAAGGAAGGCGAUGUGUGGAUUGUUAUUGAUUCGAAAGUUUAUAACAUCUCAAAAUUUGCCAACAUGCACCCAGGGGGGACUGGCAUUCUCUAUGCCGAGUCGAUAGCGGGAAAGGAUGCUACGCAGGCCUUUUUUGGCUUGCAUCGGCAUGAGGUUCUCUUGAGACCACAAUACGCACGUCUUCAAAUAGGCACCAUUGCUGGUGAGGAGCCCGUAGUGCAGCCUCUGGUUGCGGGAGACGUGUCUCGUGUACCUUACGCGGAACCAUCGUGGCUGGCCAAGGGGUUCUUCAGUCCCUUCUACAAAGAAGGCCACAAGCGAUUUCAGAGAGCAAUGCGGAAGUUCGCAACGGAAGUCGUCUAUCCAGACGCCAUUAAGUGUGAAGAGAACGGAAAGCGAAUUUCCCAAGAGGUCGUGGAGAAGCUGUGCGAGAUGAAUAUCCCUGCCAUGCGUCUCGGUCCCGGGAAGCACCUGGAAGGACGGACAUUACUUGGCGGUGUUAUUACGCCGGAAGAGUUCGACCACUUCCACGAGCUGAUUGUGAACUUUGAGCUCGCGCGCUUUGGCACGCGGGGCUAUGUCGAUGCCCUCCUCGCUGGAGAAGUAAUAGGACUUCCGCCUGUACUCAACUUCGGGUCGCCUGAGCUGCGGGCGAAGGUUGUUCCCGAGGUCCUUGACGGGAAGAAGUUCAUUUGUUUGGCAAUCAGCGAGGCAUUUGCCGGGAGCGAUGUAGCUGGCUUGCAGACGACCGCUGUGCGCGAAGGCGAUGAGUGGGUCAUCACAGGGACGAAGAAAUGGAUCACGAACGGCGUUUUUGCGGAUUACUUCACAGUUGGUUGUCGGAGCAAGGACGGCUAUGUCGUAAUCCUCGUGCCACGCUCAGACGAUGUGUCGACCAAGGCGAUCAAGACGGCGUACUCGCCAACAGCGGGUACUGCGUACGUGACAUUCGAGAAGGCCCGCGUGCCGGUCGCGAACACGCUUGGCGAAGUGGGAAAGGGCCUGCAAGUCAUCUUGAGUAACUUCAAUCACGAGCGCUGGAUGAUCGUCUGCACGAGCCUGAGUGCGCAGCGGAUGGUAGUUGAAGAGUGUCUCAAAUGGGUGAACCAGCGCAUCGUGUUCGGUAAGCCGCUGAGCGCGCAGGCGGUGGUACGUGCGAAGCUCGCAAGUAUGAUUGCACGCAUCGAGGCGGGGCAGAGCUGGCUUGAGACGGUUACACACCAGAUGAACAACAUGUCGUAUGACGAACAGGCCGACAAGCUAACGGGUCAAAUCGGCCUGCUGAAACAGUUCAUCACUCGCACAGGACGGGAGACAGCUGAGGACGCGACGCAAAUAUUUGGCGGGCGGUCGAUCACGGCGAGCGGGAUGGGCAAGCUGAUCGAGAACUAUCACCGCACAUCCCCGUACGAUGCGAUCCUCGGAGGUCAAGAAGAUGUGCUCGGCGAUUUGGGGGUGAGGCAGGCCAUUAAGAAGAUGCCCAAGAACGUCAAGUUGUAGUCUGACGGUAGUUGCGAUGAUUUACUUGCACAUGCUUGCGAUUUAAUAGUAUGGUAUAUGUGCGUUGCAUA